AAGCACAUAGGAACUCUUACUCUUGCAAUCAUAUUGUUGUCUCCACCUAUGAAUUCUUGUUCUUUCUUACCCACUCCAUCAUAAAAGAUUAACCAAACCCCUAAUCAGAAUCGUCAAAUAUUCCUUUGAACCAAUCGUAAUUCUUUCAUAAAAUAUGUACAACACAUAUCCCAUCUUCUUUUUAUUACCAUAAUCUCCAAAUCUUUCUCCUCCAGAUUCCAGAUCCACCAGCUUAAAGAUUCUGUUUUGAGAAGGUUAAUAAUUUCUGGGCUAGUCUGAGAUUCUGGGGUUGGGGAUGAGAAUCAAAAGCUCAACACAAGGAAGAUUGUAAUGAGCAGCAAGGAUAUUGGGCUAGCAACAGAGAUUAUAAUCAUGGCUAUUGUCAUAUCUGUGAUACUAUUAUUUGUGGGAAUUGGGUUGUUGGUUUUAAUACAUGCUUGUGUUGUUGGAAGAAGUUUCAGAAACAAUUCUGCAGCUGAGAGAGGAAGCCCUGAGAGAAGAAUCAAUAUGUCUCAAGAUGAUCUGGAGAAGCUUCCAAGCUAUGAUUUUAUAGCAAAAAGCAAAGGAAGUAGCCCAGUUGAUUGUGCAGUUUGCUUGGAAAACUUCAAGGUUGGUGAAAAGUGCAGGCUGUUGCCAAUCUGCAAGCACAGUUUCCAUGCUCAUUGUGUAGAUGAAUGGCUUGUGAAGAUACCCAUCUGCCCAAUUUGCAGAACCAGUGCUGCUGAUUCAAAAAAAUCAAGACCAGGGCAUGCAAUUGGAGAAGAGAGUAGCCAUUUUAGUGAUACAAGCAUUGACAUGAGAGGGAGUCUCACAACAGACAGUAGCCAUUUCAGUGAUGUGAGCUUUGAAUUCAGGGAAGGCCAGGCUCAGGUAUCAUCAGCAAUCAUUAGCAAUGAAACUCCAUUGGAGUUGAGGCAAAGCCAGGGAGAAAGUAUCCAAUCAACAACUAAUACUCCAUCUUCAUCACUUGAUUCCACUUCUGAAUCUGCUCUAUGAUAUUUUUGGAAUACUAAUUUUAAAAUAAUAUACUUUUUCAUAAGUGGGAUUUUAUUAUAGCUUUUUGUUCUUGUUCCUUGUUUUUAUUGUAUCAGAAUGGAACCUUGUUUUGUGUUUGGUAGAUGUAAGUUGAUGGGUUGCUGUUCUUUUCAUUGUAAUGAAGGUACAGUAUGGUUGGUUGAAGGCUGCUUGAUAUUUCUUGGUAAAGAUUGGAUAAUGAUGAAGUUGUCAUCUCCUUAUUUCUUCCUUUAC